AUGGUUGGAUUUUCAGACUCAGAUUUUGGUGGAUGCCAUGACUCUAGGCAUUGCACUCUUGGCUAUGCGUAUCUCCUUAACGGAGGUGCCAUAUCAUGGAAAAGUCAGAAGUCACAGUUGAUUUACACAUCAAAUAUGGAGGUUGAGUAUGUGGCAUGUUAUGAGGCUUCUAUUCAAGGAGCAUGGUUGCGAAAUUUUGUCUCUGAGUUUGGGCCUCUAAGUUUUGUUGACAAGCCUUUAACUCUUUAUUGUGACAAUCAAGAUGCAAUCUUCUUCUCAAAGCAUGACAGGAUAUCGAAAGGAUCCAAGUAUAUGAACCUUAAAUAUCUAUCAUUAAAGCAAGAUGUUAAAAGAGAAAAGUUUGUCAUUAAACAUAAAGGCAUUGAACUUAUGGUCGCAGACAUGUUUACAAAAGCAUUACCUCCCAAGACUUUUCAAAAGCAUGCUGAAAGUAUGGGUCUUGAGGAUAACUCUUAA